UAAUGAAGAGUACUGUAGCUUUAUACCACUUCUCAAAGCCUGUAAAGCCUGCUAUACAGAGUGAUGUGUUUUCUAACUAAUAAUUAGGUUAUGAGCUGCCAUUAAUCACUUAUUUAUGUUUGAGAAUUACUUCAGUUGUGGGCCAUUUUGCUCAGAUUUCUAUAUCAAAAAGAUGAAGACUAGGGUACAACCUACUUAAGCACACUGAAACAGCAAAUGGAAUAUAACAGUUUGGGAACAUGGCAGCAAAAAAGAGGUAGGGUUUUAUAAGCAGCAAAGACUAUCUAUAAAUGUGUCACUAAGCAAAAAGGGAAUUGGUGAGGAAACAUCAGAUUUGAAGUAUAUACGUAAGCUUUGCUGAAGAUCUGGGAUACAAGUAUAACAUUUUCCUUUUUCAUUUUUAAGGCAUUUGAUAAAGCUACCUACAAGAGCACAUGGAAUAUGCUAUUAAAAGAAGUGCUAGAGCACUUUGGCCUGCUACAGAAUCAUGGUUCGACUGACAGUGGACCUAAUUGCUAAAAGCAUCAGUCACAAGAACCGCAGUGAAGAGGACUUUGGGCAGUACCUGCGAAAAAUAACUCAUCUGAAUUUAUCAGCUAAAAAUAUAGAUGCAAUUGGUGACCUCUCUUUGUGCAAAAAUCUUAGAGUUCUAUAUUUAUAUGAUAACCAAAUCAGUCAAAUCCAGAACUUGGACUUUGCUUCAAAUAUAACGCACCUUUACCUUCAGAACAAUUGUAUUUCCUGUAUGGAAAAUCUCUCAUCACUGAAAAAACUUGAAAAGCUGUACCUGGGGGGCAACUACAUCACUGUAGUAGAGGGUUUGGAUAAAAUAGAAGAAAUAAGGGAACUACAUAUUGAAAGCCAGCAUCUCCCCCAUAGUGAAAAGCUGCUGUUUGAUCCAAGAUCUCUUAGGUCCCUGGCAAAAUCUUUGUCUGUGUUGAAUAUCAGCAGUAACAACAUUGAUGAAUUAGAAGAACUGGCAGUUUUGGAAAAUCUUUCUUGUCUUAGAGCAGUUGACAAUCAACUUCGACAUAUGAAGGAUUUGGAGGUUGUAUUAAACAAAUGGACAAAGCUGCGCAGAAUGGAACUUACAGGAAACCCCAUCUGCAACAAGCCAAAGUACAGGGACAGGAUUGUAGUACAGUCACGAACUUUAGAAUCCCUUGAUGGGAAAGAAAUUAAAGAAAUGGAAAGACAGUUCCUAAUGAAUUGGAAAGCCUCCAAAGCUGCCAGGAAAACAAAUAAAGAAAGAAUGACAAAUGAGCAGGCAGCCCAUCUACAUUUAUCUGACUUUGAAACACUUUAUCCUGUUCUUCCCUUUCACUACAGUCACUCUGUGAAAGGAAAACCAGAUUUUUUAGUUUUGUCUGAGAUGCAGAAAGCUGUAAGAAAACCUCUGCCAAGAAUCCUGGGGAAAAAAAUAAGUCAGACAAAAACUUAGGCUGAGGAAGAAUCUGAAGUAACAGCAGAAGUUGAAUGCUAAAACCCAGAAGUUACAGGAUGUGAAGAUUUGGCUUGGAUUUUUAUUUUAUUUAUUUUUUCCCUCAAAGCUUACAAAGAAAGGUACUGGCAUCUCUUUGGAUAUGUUAUCUGUGUCUUUGUAAUCUCAAAACCUGACAAAAUGAAUCAUAGAAUCAUAGAAUACCAGGUUGAAAGGGACCUCAAGGAUCAUCUGCUUCAACCUUCCUAGGCAAGCAUGACCUAGACUAGAUGCCCCAGCACCCUGUCUAGCCAAAUCUUAAAAGUAUCCAACUCCAUGGAAUCCACCACUUCUCUGGGGAGAUUAUUCCAAUGGCUGAUUGUUCUCAUUGUGAAAAAUUUCCCUCUUGUGUCCUGUCGGAAUCUCCACAGUGGAGUAUGCUGAACUUAACACUGCCUUUUAAGAGCAUUCAAAAACAUAAGGGGGCUGCCUAUUUAUUUAGAAGCAGUGCUUUGUACUGAAGGCACCUAAAAACAUCCGCACAUGGUAGGGUAAACCGGUUACCUAGUUCUUACAGUUCCUCAAGAAAGGAGUUGUUCUUAACCAGUGUCUUACCUAGUUUGUGACCUGAAUACCUGAGGAGCUGCUUCUUUCUAUACUCUUAGCAAUUAUGCAGAGGCAUGCUUACAAUCUCUUACUUCAAGAAGAAAGUAGCUAUUAGCACAUGGUUUUUGAGAAGAUCUGUAGUCCUAAAAAGUAAUUUCCAUCCUUUGGAUUUUUCCAAGUUCUGGUGAAUAAUGUGGAAUAGUUAGAGAGGAAGGUACAAGAAGAUUAAUGAUGCCUGUGCUGAUUAAUUUUUGGAUCGGGCGUAUUACACAUUCAUUUUAACUCAAAUUCUGUUUUAAGUAACUGGGACUUGAGUUUGGCUGCUUUGUACUGGUUUGAGUGAUUAAAUGAAUGUUCAAGACUCCUGAUAUAGGAAAAUUCCAAACAUACAGAUAAGGAAAGGAAAGCCCAGAUUGUAAAUUGCCCCUGGAAUAAAACCUUUCCUAAUGGA